AUGGCAUCCACUAAAUACACAAGUAAAUUACUGGAGCAAUUCAAGGCAAAUAAAAUUGAAAAUGACAAUGAUGAUUAAGAAGGAGAGUAUGAGCAACAGUCAGAAAUUAGCAACGAGUAUUGGGAUGAUCUUGAUGACCCUAAAGUAGGACUUUAAUUAUUUCUUCUUUUAAUUAUUUUAAUCUAGCAUGCAGGAAAUAAUCUAAUGAGUAAUAUAGGGAAAAGUCUGAAGAAAAAAAUCACAAAUAUCUAGCAAAAAGUCUAAACUACAGGCAUUGGAAGUAAUGCCGAUUUAAAUGUUUCAUAAAUUGGUGGUACAGCAGGCAGUUUAUUUUCUAGUCCAGCAAAGUUUGGAGUAAACUUAGAAUCAUAAAUCUAGGCUCAGCUAUAACAAUAAAUUAACACCUUAUAAGAAUAGGUAAAAAAAGUUAAAGUAGAAAGAGAUAAUUUAGAUAUUAUCCUCAGAAAAGAGAGAAUUGAAAAAGCUAGAAUGGAGUAAAAAAUUAAAAAAAUGGAAAAUGCUCAUGAUAUAGAGAAAAGAAAUCUAAAGGCUAAGGUUAAGCAUAAAGCUAAAGAAAAAUACAACUUCCGCUUAAAUGAACUUCAGAAGAAGUUCAAACAAGAAAUAUAGACUUUAAUCGAGUAGUUUAAUGAUUCUAGAACGCAACUGAUCAAAAGAGAUUUCCUGAUUAAAAAAUUGCUUGGUAUUAUUGCCCUCCAAGAAUAGUAAAAUAUUUAAUUCAGAAGCGAACUUUGUAUUACUGAGCAUCCGAGAUGGAAAAUCAUACCAUCAUUCGAGAUAAUAUCAAUAAUAGAUUUGUCAAAACUUAUUCAUCUUAUAAUGGAAAAAUAUCAUGGCUCAACAAUGAUAAGUUACUGUAGACCUGAGCAAGAUGAGGAGAAAUUAGAGAAGGUCAGGGAGUAAAAGACAAUGGCGUAAUCUUUCACAAUUCCCACUUAGAGUUAUUUAGGACUUUUAAUUCAAGGAGCUGAAGGGGCAUUGCUUGAUAAACCUUCAGCCAACCUAUAAAGUACAUUUGGCUAAAAAUCAUUAAAUGAUGACGCCAGAGUGUUAAAUGUAAAAAUUGAUAGGUUGAAAAAGAAGAUUGAUUAAUAGGAUGAAAGAUUCGAAAAGUAAAAUGAAGAAUUUCAAUAAUUAGAAGAGAUGUUUAAUGAUCAUCUUAAUAAAUACGAGACAGCAGUAAACACCUAAACAAUUUUGGAGUAGAAAAUAAGAGAUUUAGAAAAUAAUUAAUCGGAGAAAAUUAAUUCGUUAAUUGAGGGAUAUAAAGCGAGAGAAGAGCUGAUUUUAAAGGAGAAAGACUAUCUUAAAGAUGAGCUUUUUAGAUAUAAAAAUGAUACUAAAAAGGAAUUAGAUUUAAAGGAAGUCUUAGUAGAGAGAUAAAAACAUUAUAUAGAUUUGCUCAGAAAGGAACUAGUGUUUGCAAAGAACAUUAUAAAAAAUCCUAAUCUGUUUUAGAAAGCAUUUGAAGAUAUGAAUUUUGACUAAGUUGAGUUCUAUUAAAAUGAUCUGAGACCUAUUGAUAGAAUGUACAAAAGUAAGCUAUAGCCUCAUUCUUCAAACAGACAUUAAGACAUGCUUGAUAGAAAUAACUCUCUGAACAGAUCUCAUUAGCAGAACCCUAGCACAAACAGAAUUAUAUAAUCAGCUUUUAAUAUGCCGCCAAUAAAUUAGGCUAAUUAGAGAAAAGUAAUGACAAAGAGAAAUAUGCUAGGCAUUUAUACAGCUCAAGGUAGUCCAUAGAAUAGAUAAAACGAGAGAGUUAUAAGAAAUCUAAAAGAUUUCACUACAGGAAUAAAAAUUCUAUAGGAGUCAACCUUGAAUGAGGACAUAGUUGGAUUUUAAUCACAAACAAGUAAAGGGGCUUCACCUUUCACCCAUCAUGACAUUAGUGUGUUUUUAAGCAAACAACAACUUGGGGAGAAAAGUAAUCAAAUGAAUGACUGA